AAGGAAGUUGAGAGCCGAAUGAGGAAGAGCGAAGAGUUGAGAGGAGAAACCACGGAGUUAAAACCACGGAGUGAGACCACAGCGGGAGACCGCGGAGUGAGAGAGGUGAGAGAGAGAGGUGAGAGAGAGAGGUGAGAGAGAGUGGUGAGAGAGAGAGAGGUGAGAGAGGUGAGCGGGAGUGAGAGAGGUGAGAGAGAGAGGUGAGAGAGAGAGGUGAGCGGGAGUGAGAGCCCACGGGAGUUGUGGCCACAGCGGGAGGCCGCGGACCAUGAAAGUCACGGUCCGCUUUGGCCGCACGCGGGUGGUGCUGCCGUGCGGGGACGGCUCCCAGCGGGUGCGGGACGCGGUGACCGAGGCGGUGAGGCGCUACAGGAAGGCGCUGGGCAAGGACUCCUCCUACUGGGUGCAAGUGCAGCACCUGGAGCACAAGGAUGGUGGAAUCCUUGACGAUGACGAUCUCCUCCGGGAUGUGUGCGACGAUAAAGACAAGCUGAUCGCCAUCUACGAGGAGCAGGAGCCCCAGCCGGGCGGCGGCGGCGACUGCACAAGCACCAGCUCCACGGGCACGCAGAGCCCUGACAUGUUCGGCAGCGAGGUGGAGCCGCCGGGCCACGCCGCCGCCACCGCGGCCUUCAACGAGAUCGAGGUCACACCCUCGGCCCUCCGAGCCACCACUCCGCUACACGUGCGACGCAGCAGCGACCCUGCGCUGGCUGGAUCCGCGUCGGAACUGGUCCAGCCCGGCCUUACGGUCGUAGGUGACGGUGGCCGCAGGCCCCAGACGCACUGGUCCACCACGAACCUGCACCAGCCGGCCGAGCCACCUCCCACGCAGAACAGCACGGGUGGAGGGAGUGAAGGGGGAUUGGGGCCCAUGGGGGAGGGGCACCUGCCGGGGUUCCAGCGGGAUCUGUCGCGUUCCUCGGUGGGCCUCACGCACCCCAUCGUGGAGAAGUGGCUGGAGAGGCAGGAGGCCGUGGAGAAUGGGGAAAAGGAAGAGGGCGGUGGCCACAAACGGGAUGAGAUCGUCAAACCCACGUCCCGCGCGGCCACCCCCCAUCCCAGGGACUUCAAGAAGCUGGUGGAGGUGGUGAACGACGGGGGCCCGCUUGGCAUCCACGUGGUUCCCUUUCUCACCAAGAGCGGGAGGAGCCUGGGCCUGCGGAUUCGCACCAUCGAGGAAGGCAGCAGGACCCAGCGCGAGGGGGCGCUGCGCCAGCACGACUGCAUCACGCGCAUCAAUGGCACACGCCUCACCGACACCUCCUUUGAGGAGUCACAAAAGGCUUUUCGCGAUGCCCUAAAGAGCAGCGUUCUGCGACUGUGGGUCGUUCACGGGGAGAAGCGAGAACACUACGAGCAGGUGAUGCAGUUGUGGGGCAACCAGGAGUCCGAGCAGAUCGAUUCCGACUCGGCCGAGGACAUUGAUGAAGAUUAUGAGGACGAGGGCCCACCGUCCUUCAAGGUGCCCCCGCCAGUGGCGCCAAAACCCACCACGAAACCAGUGGCAGGGCUAAGCGGCAGGAAGCAGGAACCGCCUUCAGGUGCCGGUGUCAAUGCCAAGGUCACCCCCAAGUCUCUCCUCAUUGCACCUGCGCGGAGGAUGCCGAUACCGGCAGCUUUCCUGGCGGCGACAGACGCAAAUUCUGGAACGGCUUCCUCUGCUCAGCCAAUCCCAGCUGAGACCCAGCAGCAUAAGCCACCAGCACAGGUGCCCAGGAAAAUCCCAGGCCCUAGAUCCGCGACUGGGUCAACGUUCGGUGGUGACACUACGUCGGCACAGCUGGCGUCUCCCACGAAAGCCCCAGUGAAGGCCGACCUAAAGCUACAGCAGGCGACGGCAGCAGUGGCAGCGGCUGUGUCGGCCGCCGUUGCGAGUCGCAUCCCCAUGGCCAGCUCCAGCAUGGCUGCUCCUGUGGCCACGCCCAACGUCGCCUAUACCACAAAGAAGGUGGAUAAGAAGAUUCCUAUUCACUUGAAGAAAGGUCUCGACGGGCUAGGCUUCACGAUCGCGACACGCGACACGCCGGUGGGAGGCCGCACGCCGAUCUACGUGAAGAGCAUCAUGCCCAAGGGCGCGGCACUGAGUGACGGCCGCCUCAAGUCUGGAGAUCGGCUCCUGGAGGUGAACGGGCUGGACGUGACGAGUCGCACGCAGGAGGAGGUGGUGGCGAUUCUGCGCAGCACCAAACUUGGCGGCUCCGUCGACUUGCUGGUCUCGCGCCACCACGACGUCCCCCUCUCCCCAGAUGAUCCGCCGGAGCGCCCACAAGUAGGCAGCGCGGCAGAAGAAGAGGAUCGCUUGCUUUCCCCUGACGGUUCCCGCGAGUUCCUGACACUCCACAUCCCCCUGCACGACAUGGGCGCUGCGAGCCUUGGGGUCAGCGUCAAGGGGACCAAGGAUCGCCGAACAAACGCGGAUCUGGGCAUUUUCAUCAAGACCAUCAUCGCGGGAGGGGCAGCUGCCAAGGAUGGGCGCCUGCGUGUGGACGAUCAGCUGAUCGCCGUGAACCGCGAGUCGCUGCUCGGUCGGUCCAACCUGGAGGCCAUGGAGUCUCUGAGGUGCGCCAUGUCCCGCGAUGCCGGCGACCCCUCGCUCAUCCAGCUCGUGGUGGCGCGCUCGUUCGGCAAGCCAGGACCGACGGAGGCGGAGUCACGCGCGCCUGGGUCAGCGGGGAACACGGCGGAGGUUAACGAGCGCCGAGUGUCGGCCACGCAGAGCCCCGUGGCGGCUCCUGACCAGGGGCCCGUCGACAAGUCUGCUAAGCCGGCGAGCACAGGGGCCUGGCAAGGCACAACUGAACGGGAUGACUCGGCUGGCCAGGAGAGGAAGGCACCGCAGGCCCGGAGCGACCCCUGGGAGCCGGGCACCAGCAGCACGCAGGGGCAACUGGACCCAGCGCUGGCCUUUCAGCGGGAGGGAUUUGGCCGACAGAGCGUAUCAGAGAAACGCACCGUGCAGUAUGGAGACCCCAGCCACCUGGAGGUGCUCAAGGCACGCAAGUCCAAGAGCAUGGACAUGAUCGCAGACGAAGGUAGCGUGCAUGCGUCUGCUGAAACACGCAAAGGUCCCUCAGACGGCUCCGUUGGGCCUGCCUUGGGCCUCAAGAUGAGCAGCUCGCUGGAGAGUCUGCAGACAGCUGUGGCCGCGGAGGGUGGCCGCGCUGAGUUCCUCUUCCACCGGCCGCGCCCCCCCCGUCUCAUCCGCGGCCGUGGCUGCAACGCGAGCUUCCGUGCGGCCAUCGACAAGUCGUAUGACAUGCCCCAGGAUGGCAGCGACGAUGACGAUGAUGAGGAUGACGAGGAGGAGGAGGAUGCAAUGGACACUGUGGAGGAAGAGGAGGAGGACCCGGAGGAGGCAGCCAAGGGCCUGGGAGAUGGCGUCCCUGGGGCCCCCACCGGUCUUCCUGUCCCAAGCGGUAGCGCCAAGACCAAGCGCAGCUCUCCCAGGAGCAAAGACGCAACUCUGGAGUCUGGCGCAGCUGGCGACAAGGAGUGCAAGAAAGAUAAGAAAGCCAAGAAGCUAAAGAGCCUUGGCAUGGUGUUCAGGUUUGGAAAAGUGAAGAAAGAGGACAGGAGUGAGCAGAAGAGUGGGGACAAGCAGAAGGUGGUGGAUAACAAGGCGGCCACAGAGGAGGAGAAGGAGAAGAUGAGGGACGAGCAAGAGAGGAUCCAGACAAAGCACAGGGAGAUUCGCGAGCGGCAGGCUCGCGAGCUGAAGCUGCAGCAGGAGCGCGAGCAGCUCGCCGCUCAGUCCCGCGGGACGUCCGGCUACUACGAGGAGCACAACCCGGCCUACGCCAGCCUGGGCACCUCCACGUCACCGCCUGCUUUGCACAAACCACCCUACGUGAAGAACAACACCAAGGCCUACGCCAGCGAGGACGAGAUCCGAGCCAUGUACGCCAAAGUGAACAAGGCGGGUAGCCUGCCGAAGCCUGUCCCCCAGUCAGAAAGAAUGCAGGCAGGGGGUCGUGUGAACUCCUACUACGAGGAAUGCAACCCGAUAUACGGCCGGACGCGGGACGGGGUGCCCAGGCACCCCCAGGCCAGUGGUGGGGGCCCACGCUACCACCGCGGGGAGGACGGGCAAGACGGCGACCCCGCGAGAGACAUCUAUGCCAGGGUGGCCAAAACCAGCAGCCUGCCCAGGCCUCAGCCCGACAGCAGAGCCACACAUGGCUACCAGUGGGUACAGAGAGAAGGGGGAUCAACAGCUCGUGAUGGGUCUGAUGACAAAAGGGCACCUUCUGGUGCAGAGCACUCUCGGUCGCAAUCUGGCUCAGAGGUGCGGGGCGGCCGCAGUUCGGUGCCGCUGGAUGCCCAGCGCCGGAGCCGCUUCCCAGACAUGAGAGACCUCCUGCCUCGUCCUCAGAGACGUGUCUCCUCCCCCACCAGGCAAACCAAGCGAGCAUCACGCCCAGCAGAAGAUGCCCGAGCAGAGAAAGUGACUUCACCGUCUCGAGGAGACCCAGGCAAAGCAUCACGCACGCAGCCACCGCCCUCUGCAUUGCUCAACUCUGAAGCUCCUUCCAGCCGCUCCCGACAUGCGAAGCAGCAGCAGCAGGCGGAGCAGCCUCCGCGCAACGCGGAGCGACCCGCGGGAGGCGUCCCGCAGCCCGCAGGGAUGGGCGUGUUGGGGUUUCCUCGACUCGCAAUCCUCUCCACGGGCUCUCUACAGCGCCGUGCCGCCACCUCUUCGCAGCGGGACACAGGGCGCCCUGGCCGGACGGGACCCACGGUCGGGGGCCGUUCGGUGGAACUCCAGAAUUCUCCUGCGCAACUCACGCGUAUUCCCCGCUUCCAUUCGGCGGGUGCUGGAGGGGGGCACCACCACUACCACCAGCAGCAUCAGCAGUCCCCACCGGCCACGCAGGCCACCCACGCAGGCCAGCAGCAGGACCUGGCUAGGUUUGGCUUUCAGCCCCCCAAGGCCCGUCACAUGUUGAAGCCCAAGGACUUUCAAUGGGGCCAGACAGCAGCGGUCUAGCAGUUAGGGUUGCCACCUGUCUGGGUUGACCAGAACAGUCUGGAUAUUGGCAACCAUGUUUGGGUUGCAGAUCUGGAGGUAUUAUGUGUAACUCUGUCACAAUAUACUUUGCAGUUCUGAUAAACUUCGGCUGAUUGAAAAUUACGUCCCGGUUUGGUCUAGAGUGGAAAAGGUGGUGAUGUGAUGAGUGUAGUGCACUCAAGCCAAUCGCGUGAGCUCUGUUUCACCUUGGGAGCAAUACAGUUUUUACAUGUUUCUAUUGUACGGUCGUGGGCCCUGGCAGCUGUUUGUAGGGUGCUGCUGCUGCUGUGUAAUGACUUUCUAGUAGUUUGACGUAAUCUUGUUUAAUGGACCCCCUCCGUCAAUUUUUUGGUUUUGGAUUGUUGCCUCCUCUCAUCACUUCCAUUGCUGUGCUGCACUGGUUGCCAAUGAGGUACGAAACCACGUGCGUCUCGACAUGUGAGAUAGUGCACACGUAAGGCCAUGUCCCAUCAUUUGUUUUGAAAGCAACACAAACGGUCUCAGAAAUUUAGCUGAUCAGGUGGCUGCUCAGCAGCAUAGCGAGCGGCUCGCAUUCGGAAGGUCGCAAGUUAAAAUCCUUGUUGGGGGCUCAAGCAGCCCAUCCUCCCUCCGGGGUUGAUCAAAUUAGUACCACUUUAUGGGAAGGUCAACAGUGGUUGUCCUAUGGAGAGACUCGCACCCACCACUGGAAUCUGGAAUUCCCCCACUGUCUCGGUGCUGUAAACUUAAGAUGAGCAUCAUUGCCUCGUGUCAUGAGCAUAAAAUCACAAUUGUGUUGGCUGGCAGGUGUGGGAGGGCCUGGCAAGGGUGGUUGUUAAAAGGCAGUGAAAGAUGUCACCAGGUGCUUUGUAACGGGGGUGGUCAGCUCUGCCCUCACGACGCCCUUGCUCGUUCAGGAUACGAGCGCUCGAUGACUUCCCAGGGUCACUCUAUGCUGAAAUAAAUAAAUAAGCAUACAAUCCGCCUCCACAUAAAAUAUAUAACGUGAUUAUUCACUCUUGAGUAUAAUUAUUCACAUCCUAUCAGCUACGUGGCCUUGUGGCCGUGUAUCAUUUUAGAGAAGGUUUUUGUCUUUGUAUAUCUGACAUCAGUAUGCCAUACUCAAUGGUUCUUUCGGUAAAGUCACGUAGGUAUAAAAUAAAAUAAAUCACGACGUUUCGGGCGCAACACAAGCGUCCGUCAUCAGGUGAUGACUUUAUUUGAUUUUCUACCUACGUGGCUUUACCGAAAGAACCAAAGAGUAUGGAUUCCUGCAGUCACGAAAGCUUCAAAUCAAGAUGAUGAGUAUUGAUUCAAGCAAGGCUGAUUGCUGAUGAGACGCUGAAUGUCAAAGCCGUUCCAGAGUUUGUGUUGAACCAAUGCUCCAUAAUAAAGGUUUUUUGGGUCAGAUCGCGUAAAUAUAUAAAUGUGUCGUUAAAACCCACCACCACCCGACACAGCCAACUAGUAAGGGUUGUCACGAAAAGAGAACAUGCCAAUUCGUCACUAGUACAGCACAGCGGGUGUGUUGGAGAGCCAAGCCACAACAUUUACAAUCUGAGUACGACUUUUCGCCAGUAAUUACAUAAAAUAAUUUCUGUAUUUUAUGUACCGUGCCAAAUCUGACUGGGAUGUGUUGUUUUUCCAAAUAUCUGGCUAGUUUAUCAGUUACUCCCGCAAAAUACAGAUUUUAUUUCUAGUACAAAAGAUGUCAUACCGAAGCUAUCAACAGAAGGUGUGUACAGGAUUAACUGCACAUGUGGAAAAUGUUGUUAGGCAAACAGGACGAAUGAUCAGCACGAAACUAAAAGAACAUCAGAGAAAUAUAAAAUUCUCCCAAAUACAACUGUCAGCAGUAGCAGAACACGCGUGCCAACAAAGACACUCAAUUAAUUUUGAUAAUGUUGAAGUGCUGUGCAAAACCGGCUACUACUGGCCAAGACUAAUUAGAUAAUCUAUCGAAAUUGAAAGAAAUAAAAUUAUUUUAACCGUUCGGAUAGCUACCGCCUUAGUGCUGCGUGGAAGCGAAUCAUCAAAUAAUACAUUAUUUAAAUGCAUGCCUACAAAGGGCAGCGUACUUCAAUAUGGAUUACCGUUGGUACGGCUAUUUUAGUACGCACAAUAGACAGUAAGGACAAGAUCAAAGGGCUCGCAUGAUGCGCAUGCAUAAUGUAAGGUUGACUCAGUAAUCCCUCCCCCCCCCCCCCACUUUGCGCAAGAGCGCAGAAGCGUGGUCACCACAUCUACGCCUCUAUAUGAGAUACGAAACAGGUGGACUUCUCCACAAAUCUGGCUGUCGCCUGAUGAAGCUAGUUGUAAUUACUGGCGAAACGUCGCACUCAGAUUGUAAAUGUUGUGGCUUGGCUCUCCAACACACCGGUAUGCAGUACUAGUGACGAAUUGGCCACGUUCUGUUUACGUGACAACCCUUACUAGUUGGCUGUGUCGGGUGGUGGCGGAUUUAACGACAUAUUUACGCGAUCUAACCCAACAAAAACUCUAAUGGAUGAUAUUGGUCGCGAAAGCCUACGUGUUAAACUGAACCAAUGCUGCUGAAAUUAUGUACUCCCAAAGUUAUUGCUAAUGGAAUGUGUAAAAAUACUUUUAUUUGCUUGGAGGGACAGAUGUGUGAGGGAGGCGAGUUUGUCUGAUUAUGUAUCUUGUAUUCUCCAAGAUGCCACGGAUGGGUCUGAUCGUGGUAUGCGGUGAGAACCGUGCAUGCAUCGAUAGGCACAUGGCAGACGAUUCUUAUGAACGUGUAACUGACAAUAUGUAGAUUCAUAACAUUUCGUGAUAACCGUGCAUGCUGAGCCCCGUGGGCACAGAUCCGUACAGCCACGCACAGCAGGGACCAUACGAGGACCAAAGUUAUAUCCAUAGACACGUGAUCACUUGUAUUCCCACUUAUUACCCAGGUAUGUUUUAUUCAGUUGUGUGUGUAAGUUGUACGCAAGUUGUAGGCUUGUAACCUUUCAGUGAAGAACGCUUUUACAGCCGUCUAAUGAUGGCGUAGUUUAACAUCAUACCUUGGCUUCAGUUGUUAAUUAGCGUGAAUCGAUAGGCAUAUGGCAGCCUAUUCUCAUAAACGUGUAACUGACAAUAUGUAGAUUCAUAACAUUUCGUUUAUACCUUUGUAACACAAACAUUAAAUAAAAAGUACUUACAGUAUGCAA